AUGUCAACUUCUCUACGUCUCGUUCGGCAUCAGAAUCAAGAUGCCUCGUCUCCUUUCAUGGAUUUGCCAGCCGAAAUCCGAUGCGAGAUAUACAAAUAUCUCCUCACAGUCGAGCACGGUGCUGGUUUCGCAAUAAUCUCCGUGCAAGAGUUCAGAUAUAGAGCAACUAUUCGAGAACUACGUCGAGGCGGCUCUCCAUCUAUCUCGAGAGACCGCAAAGAGCAGGUUAUGACUGGAUUCCAAAUAUUUCCAACAUCUGUGCCGGCUUUCAAGUCGCUAUUCAAAUACAAUGGUGAGGACAACCCGUUACUCCAUGUCGACAUCCUUCGCGCUUGUCGCCAAGUCCAUCAUGAAGCGCAGUCCAUUAUCUACGAUUGUAACUCAUUCAGCAUCGAUCCAUACGAGUUACCUAUAAACGUCCCACUCCAUCGCCAAUUCCCCGACGGUUGGGUUCUAUCAAAGAUUCGCUACAUCAGGCUCGAACUGGGUUAUAGCGACCGUCAGGGUUGUCCCAGGAGCAGUCGUGCCUAUGGGAGAUGGUCAACCUUCCUACUCCUUCCCGCUUUAAGAGAAGUACACUUCCUCAUCCGGUUCCGCGAUCGUCUGCCGUAUAACGCCGAGAAAACCUGGGAUCUGUCUACUUUCCAUGGGAAGACCAUUCGAGGCAUCGUUGCGGCUAUACUUCAUUCAAUCAAGCUCUCUGGUGCUUCAUUGUUCCAAGCAGGAGUUACAGAAGGAGACAAAGAAGACUUUGCGACCAUGGAACAAGUGUCACAACUGAUGACCGAGCUGGAAGAUAUACGCGGCACUGAUGCCGAACUCUGGAAGAAUGACAUGGAGUGCAUGGGACAGUCUGAAAAUUAUCGGAUCUCAAGAGGCGAGGUGAUUCCCCCGCCCCGCAUGAACGAAAUGGUCAAAAAGCGCUAG